AUGGCAACCCAGAUCGAUCCCGAGUUCUCCUGCUCGCUGACCAUUGAUCUGCCCCUCCCCACCGCACGCCUGGCUUCUGCUGCCCUGCAAGCCUUGCGAGUAGACAAGGAGCUUUCCCCUCUCGUUAGCAGGUCAUUCUCAACCAUUUCGGCCCCAUCUUCUCAUGACUCUGGGGACUCGAGCCCUAUGGGCUCUUCCCAAGAGAAGAUCCUGAGGACGGAAUACAAGGCUACUACGAAUCGGAUGUUGAGAGUUGCGGUUAAUGGGUUCAUGGAGAGCUUGAGUGUGGUCUUGGGCGUUAUGGACGAGCUUGACGUUGAUAUUCUAGGCGUGGAGGACCCAAAAGAAUAG